CCCUGUGCGCGCGCGCGUGCGCGCGGUUCCGGUUCCCGGCGGCAAUGCACGGAACGCCAGAGACAGGGCAAGCUGAUGUGAGGCAGCGAGUUGCGUAAAACUCGCAGAGGCUAUUUAUCAAGCCCACUCGGCCAAGCCUCUGCUCCUGUAGCUGAAACCAAAACGCAAUCCUGUGCUCUGCUUUUCUUGGCGGGGCUGCCUGCACUGUUUACUUAUUUCGUUGUAUCGAUUGAGGUACAAUGGAGUGGAAUCCCGCGAUUUUAAUUAUAGGAGCUUCCUUUGGAAGUUUCAAACUGAUUAGUCGAGUUGUGGGGUCUUUCCCAACGCCAGAGUCUGCCUUGAGGAACAGAUGGAAAUGGAGAAACAUUCUCACUUCUAUGAUGCACAGUGUGGUGACAGGGAUUUGGGCUGUCCUGUGUUUUUAUUUGCACCGGCCGAUGGCCCAGGACCUGAUCGCUACAUAUUCUCUCUCGUCUCGCUGUCUCGUGUCGGUCUCCGUAGGUUAUUUCCUCCAUGAUUUCACGGACAUGCUGUGGAAUCAGAAACUGCAACAUUCCUGGGAGCUUCUUUUCCAUCAUGCUGUGGUAAUUAUCUGUUUUGGCAUAGCUGUGUGCCUCUGCAGAUACAUCGGGUUUGCGGUGGUUGCCUUGUUGGUUGAAAUCAACUCAGUCUUUCUCCAUCUGAGGCAGAUUCUUCUGAUGGCCAACAUGCGCAAAACUACGUUCUUCCGCAUCAAUAGCAUCAUCAAUCUGGGAACCUACAUCAUCUUCCGCAUCAGCACACUUGCCUGGAUGACACGCUGGGUGGCCUUAAAUCGUGACAAUAUUCCUCUGGUGACUUACAGCAUUGGCAGUGUGGGAAUGGCCAUUAUGAUUCUGAUGAACAUCGUGCUCUUUUACAGACUACUGAGAAGUGACUUCCUGAAAUCCAGCAGAGAAGGGAAGAAGGAAAAGGAAAUUUGAAAUGGUGUUCUGCCAAUGGUACUGAUACGUGGAUUUAGUUACUAAAAAGGAAGCAUUUUUUUUGCUCCUUUGAUCAGAAAUUUUCUUUUACACUGUAUAUAUACUUACGGAUUUGUACUUAAUUUUUUGUAUCUAACAUCAUGGAUUAUAUUUUUAAAUGAUACAAUAAUUAUGCAAAAAACAUUGUGAAUUUUCUUUUAAACAUAUGCUUCUAGAUGUGCUAAAAGAGUAAAAUUCCUUAAUUUUUCACUACCUCACAUUGAACUACAUCUUGCAAGUAUUAAUGUUAUCAAGCAGAGCUACACUGUGGUUAUGUGCCAGGUUAUUCUGGGUUUUACUGCUGGAGCUCUCUACCCAACAGCCAUAUGAGAGUACCUUCACUAAUAGACCUGUGGUGGUACAGAAGACAGAGCACCAUCAUUAUCAGGGUUUUCCUUAUCAUAAUGAACAAUGUCAUAAAGUAUAUAGUUCAUUCAUCAUUUGUUUUCAAUUAAUUAUAUGGUUGAUGGGUUGUUCCUUAGUUUGUAUUGAGCAGGAGUUCCCAAGGCGGGGUCCAUAUGGCAUAUAAAAGAUUGGGAAACCCUUAAGAGUGAUGGUUGCCAUACAGAUGAUCUGUGAUAGUGGUGCUUACAGGAGGCAUACAGUAGUCUUAAGCAGAUAUAUCGUUAUCUUGAAAAUACAUAUCUUCACAAACUUUAACAUUGCUUUGAAAAUAUAUCUGUAUGUGUGCGACUCAACUAUUUUUGGAACUGUUACCAAUUAUCUCUGCUCUUUUCUUAUGUCAAAAUUGAACUUUUGCUUGAGUAUUCAUAUUCAGGAAAUACAAGGUAUAUACAGCAGAAGUAAUUAUUUUUGCUUUUAUGAGAAAUAAUUUCAUUUGUGGCAAAUAUUAAUGUUUAUCCAGUGACAAGAUACACCAGUUCUGAGACUGCUUUCUCAAAGAUUUUUAAUUUUAUUUUUGAUGCUUUGAUUAAUUAAGUAAUUUGUGUGAAAAUUUGCUCAAAGAUAUUAAAUAUACUGAAAAGCACUUGU